CACCCCAAAUUUUUUCCCCUCUCGCCAUUGGGACUCGCGCCGCCCUUAUCCCUCACCAUUCAGCCUCCAGUCGUCAUGUGCCUUCGAUGUCAAGGUUCGUUCGCUCGCCAUCUGCAUUUCGUCCUUCGCCUAGUCAUUUAAUCCACACGACCCACCACCGAAUCCAACUGACCGCCUCCUCAUGCCGCACGAUGCUGCUCACCAUUCGUGGGGUGCAGGUCAUGCCACCGUGAGUCGCCCAGCCUCGUCAGCUGCCAGAUCUGAGUCGAAGCUUCCACAGCCACACCGCCCAGCCUUCAGCCACUACCCAAAUCGAAAGCCAAACAUUCGCCGUGCCGCGCCUCUGCAAAAACCUAGCCGCUCGCGUCUGCACAGUCAUGGCACCCAACCGCUCACAUCCACGCCACCCUCGUCCAAUGCUCCCCAGUCGCGUCGCCCAGCCCCUACAGCCGUCAUAGCUGUCGUCAAAUAUGUUUUGGAAGCAAUAUUCGAAAGCUUUUGGGACGUUGCUCAUCGAGGAAGAGACCAAUUUUUGACAAAAAUUGUUAGAUUUGAUAAAGGUAGAGAUGCAUCGAAGAUUGACAAGCGAAAUCCGUGAUCGAGCCGCUGAGACCAGUUCUAUGCUUCCGUUCAUGAUAUUUAGAUUUCUUUUCAUGUUUUUCAACUUUCAGUUUUGAUGUUUGAAACUUACUAUUAAGAUUUGUUUUCAGACCUAUUUAUUAUCAUUUAUGAUUUACGGGUA